UACAUUUAACUUAUGGUUUCCUUAUUCACAGUCUCUGCUUAAUUUUUCAUUCCGAAUCUCGAUAGUCAAGACAACACGACCUUAAUCAUCCAGAUACUGUUAUGUGCAAUCUUUUACAUUCUCAGGAGUACUAAAAUUAAUAAAAUCCUCGCUUAAAUCUAAGAGUAAGAGCAUCAUUAAUUAAUCUAGAUUCUUUAAUCUGAAUGGUUCAUUGAAUGACAUGGUUGGCUUGAUGAAACUAUUGAUGGUAAUAAUAUUUAUAGCACAUAUAUGUGGUUGUACUUGGCAUGGUUUGGCAUAUUAUUCCACCAGUUAUUCUUGGCUUGAUGCUUAUCAUUUAAGAGAAAGAUCUAAUGGAACUAAGUACAAUUACUCAAUUUAUUGGGCAACUAUGACAAUGACCACAGUAGGAUAUGGUGAUAUUACUGCCUAAAAUAAUAGUGAACUGUUGAUAAACAAUAUUACUAUGUUUGUUGCUAGUAUUGUAUUUGCAUACUCAGUCAACAGUAUUGGAAUAUUUGUAUCAAAUAUGUACAAAGGCACUAUGGAAUACAGUAGAUCAGUUACUUUGAUCAACACUUUUAUGUCUAAAAAUAAAAUUCAAUUUGAUCUAUAGACUAGGAUUAGAAGUUAUCUAGAAUAUAUAUGGUAAGAAGAGUAAGAAAUGAAUGAUGAUGAAAUAGGAUCAAUAAUGAAGAAAUUAAGUCGACAUUUAUAAGAUGAAUUACAAUAUUAAUUAAGAGGGAAUAUACUCAAAAAUAGUAGAGUCAUUAUCAAAUUAUUCUCUGAACAAUGUGUGAAAAGUUUAUUAUAAUAAAUGGAGGAAAUCUCAUUCUCUCCUGAAGAACGAAUUAUAACUUGUAAUUAGAUUGACGAUUGUUCUCUUUACAUCAUUACCAAAGGAGAAGUUGAACUGUUGUUUUCUGGUAAAAAUCAAUUGGGAGAUCUCAUCAAAAAGAAUUCCAUAAAAUCGUUAUCCUAACAGGAAUGCUUUGGCGAAGUUGCCUUCUUUACAGGGAAACCAAGAACUGCUACUGCCAUCUCCAAGGGGUUCACCAAAGCCUUCAAAAUCAAAAGAGAAAACUUCAUAGCCAUUUUAUAAUCCUUUCCAAAUGAUUAUGAGAAAUUUUGUGAUGUAAGAGAUCGAUUAAUUUAUAAUGAAUACUCUACGUUAUAGUUAAAUUGUUAUAGUUGUAAUAGCAAUAAACAUCUAAUCAACACUUGUCACAUCUUACAUUAUUGUGCUGAUCAAGAGAAAAUACUUAAGAAAGAACUCUACCCUGUUGAAUAAUCCAGGAACACUAAAUUUUACAGAUAAAAAAACAACAAGGAACCCUAGUCCCAAUCCAUGCAGAAAUAUCACUCGGCAAGAGCUCAUGAUUUGAUGCAGGAUCUCAAUUAAGAAGAAAAAGGAGGAAUGGACGUUGAUGAUGCUGAUUCUCACACUAUGCCUAUCAAUGAUGCUUAUGAAGAUGAAGAAGGUAUUUAUGUGUAUAAUAAACUACAGAUCAAUAAUCAUCAAUUAAUUAGUAGAGGAGUUAAUCAAGAACAUUCAGUUAGAGAUAAACUUAAUAGUAAGAAUUAGAAGAGGAUGACAAAAAUAAUAAGAGUCACUCCAGAAGACAAAUUUCGUAAAGAUAGACUGUUGCAACUGCUGGGUUUGGAGUUGAUCCUUAAAAAAAGAGAGAAAGUAUUGAUCUACCAUUAAAUAGUUACUUGGAAUGUUGAGGAAUUAAGUAAUUCUAAAGAUUCAUCUGAAGAACAGGAUUAAGUAGUCAUCCCGAAGUAACAUGUAAUGUAAUAGAAAUCAAAUGAAAACCUCUAAAAACCAUCACUUAAAAGAUAACUUUCUAGAACGGCAUCAAAUGAAGAACAUACUAAACCAAUUGGUAAAUAAUCAUCGUAACAAAAACAUCAGUCUGAUAUCGAAAUCAAGUUUUCAUCAUAGAGAGAACAAGCAAGAAAAGUCACUAAUAGAACAAGAACUCAUAAUGAAGAACAACCUACAAUAAUCGGUGAAAAUGCUACUAUGAAUAAUAUUUAUUUUCCUGCUCCCACAUUAUCUUUGUUAGUUUCGAAUUUUGAUAAAAUGUCCAUAUUUCAAUAUUAUCAGCCUUUGAAUAACUAUGAUUCUGUUCUUAAAAGGUAUAUUUAUUGAAUUCUUAAGGUUUAAAUUAGAUAUGCUAGAGCGUAGAAGUACUUUGGUAAAAAAAGAAUGUAUCCUGAAACAUCUCUAUACUCAUUCUUUUUUAUUGCCAUCAAGAAAGGAUGGAAAUUAAGGAAACUUGGCAAUGUAGUUCCAAAAAACAUUUCUAGUUUUCUAGCCAAUACCAAGGUAUUAAAAAGAGCAGUCAAAAAAUUCAAGAAUGAAAAAAAUAACAUUUUAGUUUAAAUUAAAUGA